CUUCACAGUGUGUAUCUAUGGGAAUCCACCAGCAGCGACACAAACACACACCGCAGCAGAGGAAGUGUGUCACAAACCACUGCGUACUUUUAAAAACCAUGCCGAGCGGCAAGUUUUAAUUCACGACCAUGCAGCAUUAGCCGUCUGCCUACCUAAACGCAACUGUUAUUUUACAUGAAUCUGAUUUAUGAGCCCGGUAGCCGUGCGGCAUCGCAUUGAAUGGCGAAGAGAAGAGCGAGACGCGGCUAGUCUGAAGCUGCGACUCCAGCAGCCGAGCAAAGAAGAUGCGACAUCAAUGGGAUUACUUUCAAAUCUGCGGAUAAAUAAAUGUUCACUCCUGAAUAAAACACAGUUUUGACGACAUUGAGCGAUCUCUUAUAGGAUACGGCUGGUUAGCUAACGUUAGUUGGAAAACGAGUGAAACUGAAAGGGUGUUGUUGUUGUUGUUAGCUGGGCCAGGCAGUCCCACUGCUAAACUCCGGCUUAUUUUAAGAUCAGUUGGGGUCAUUUCUUAGCAGGAACAAUGGCAACAGGCUCCAGUUUCCCUUCCGGAGGGAGUGGAUCUAGAAACGGACCGUCUUUCGCUUCGCCGUCGACUUCGUCUGUUACCUCGUCUGGGGUGCCCGGACAGGCUCAGCCGAUGGCGGUGGUUUGGGAAUGGCAGGAUGAUCUGGGCUUCUGGAGGCCCUACACCGGACAGGUGAGCAGCUACAUCGAGCAGUGCCUCCAGCACCAGAGAGGGGCAGCGGUCGCCGGGAGCAGCAGCGGGAGCAGCAUCUGUCUGGCUCAGGCAGACCCGAGCCUGUCCUCCUACAUCAUCGACAUCCCCAGCCUCAAACAGUUCAGGCAGGACACUGGAAAGAUGCGUGCUGUGCGGAGAUCCCUGUUCCCACAGUCCUCUGCUCUGGGCAGUGGCGUUCUUUGGGAGUGGUCUAAUGAUGAAGGCGGAUGGACGGCGUAUGAGAUAAGAACCUCCAUCUUGCUGGAGCACAGUUACCAGGCGGGACAGGCCACCGCUGACUUAAGCCCACACGGCUACAACUACAUUGUGGACCUUGGAGCUCUUGAACAAGUCAACAAGGCCACCAGCUAUAGAAGACGCGUCCGACGGCAAGGCAGUGUACCGUAUCCCCUCGCCUCUGGGUCGGUUAUUCACUCGGGCCCGGCUUGUACCUGUCAUCAAUGUGUGAGCAAUAGCAGCACUGCCGGACCCAUGUUGAGCCGGUCACGGCAUUCCUUCUCUGCGGGACAAGCCAUCCGGCCUAGUCUUCAGACCCAGCAUGGAAGACUUCCUGUAACCAGCUCCUCAUCAUCAGCCUACUCUCCCUACCCCAGAAGACCGCUCUCAAUGGGAAGCCUGUUAUGGAACGGCCCAUGGAGCACCCCACCCUCGAUGCCUCAUCCUACAGGACCGCCACAGAAUUUUGCUCACCAUUCAAAUGGCUUAAGCAUCCCCACCAUCCCUCUUCACAUGAACGGAUCCAGCAGUGUCAACUCGGCACUGGCAGGCAUGGCUUCCAUUUUGAUGUCAGCCGCAGGACUGGGAGUUCGCCUCAUGACCGCCCCCUUCUCCCAGCGUGACUCCAGCAUGCCCACCAAAGGCCAAGCCAGCUCCGUUAAGAGGGCAAAGAGACAGUCCAGGACAGCCCCCGCUCAGAAACCAGAGGAAGUCAUUAAGAAAUACAUGGAGGAAGUGCCUGUGGUCCCCGAUGAGGACUGUAUUAUCUGUAUGGAGCGGCUGUCCUGUCCAUCUGGUUAUGAGGUCCCAGCUGAGUGCUCUCAGUCUCUUCAGCCCAGCACCGUGGGCAAGCUCACCAAAUGUGCUCACACCUUCCACAUGCUCUGUAUGCUGGCCAUGUACAACAAUGGAACCAAGGAUGGGAGCCUGCAGUGUCCCUCAUGUAAGACGAUCUACGGCGAGAAGACGGGCACUCAACCAAAGGGCAAGAUGGAGAUCUACAGUAUUCCUCAGUCUUUGCCUGGACACCCAGACUGCGGCACGAUACAAAUCAUUUACAACAUCCCGCCAGGAAUACAGGGUCCUGAACACCCAAACCCGGGACAGCAGUACACAUGCAGAGGAUUCCCUCGCUUCUGUUUCCUUCCUGACAAUGACAAAGGCAGAAAGGUGCUGGAGCUGUUGAAAGUGGCAUGGACGCGGCGUCUCAUCUUCACCGUGGGCACUUCCAGCACCACAGGCGAGCCUGACACCGUCAUAUGGAACGAGAUCCACCACAAGACCGAGAUGAUGUCCAAUGUGUCUGGCCAUGGCUACCCUGACCCAAACUACCUGGACAAUGUGCUCUCAGAACUGGCAUCGCAGGGCGUAACCGAUGACUGCCUCAAACGAGAUGCUCAAGGUUCAGCCAUGUGAACGGUAGAUCUUACAAAACUUGACGAAAAGGGAAGAAAACGAAACUAGAGUUUCCGCUGUUCACCAAGAGAUUUGGAUGUUGACGCCAACUCAUCCCUUUCCAUGCGUACGGCCGAGUCUAGAAUAUUAACGCACAUGUGGGCUUCGUGGUCAUCUUUAGUUUGAGCGUAUUGUGAGGCAGCUACUGACGGUUCUGCAGGAACGACUCGGGUUUAAUGACCUCUAUCGCCAGUUUAGGCAUUCAUCUCAAUAUACAGAGCUGUGACGUCCUUCCUCAAAUACUACAUUACAGUAGAGCAGAGAUCAUUGUACUAUUGCUGGGUAUCAAGCUGACACAAUUACGUUAAAAGGGAAAGCUAAACCACAUUAGCUUUUUGUACAGCUGGUGGCCAUCCAAGAUUUUUUUUUUUUUUGGUCUUCAGUAGAACAUUAUGACCAUUUUUAGCUAAAAUUGCGAUUCAUGAAAUGCGAGUUGAUGGCUACCAGGAGAACAUGCACAGGCAAAACAAAAGGAUGUUUGCUCCUGAUGCUCCAUUGAGGUCUUAUAAAAAGAAAUGAUCAGUGAAAUUUAACAUGAUUUACUACAUUAUUACAUAUUAUCCAGAGCCAAUUGGUUUCCAAAGGUCAAGAGAGCAAGCUUUCUGACCAAUUAUGGCAUUUUGUUUAGCAAAAUGUUAAAAUUUUUAAAUGAAUACUCCAUUUUUUAAUGGGCUCAUUUUACAGAUUAUUUUAUACGCUUUUAAUAGGCUCAUUUUACUCAUUUUAAUAGUAUCAUUUUACAAAUUUGUAAUUGGCUCAUUUUACAAAUCAUCUAUUGAUAAACCUUUUAGUUUUUGAAUCCAAUUUAACUGAUCUCCAGGUCUGUUAAAAGCACUUUAAGCUUAAUUUAGCUUAGCACAAACUAUUGAAUCAGAUUAGACCAUUAGCAUCUUGCUCAAAGUUGGAUUACCAAAAAAAGUUUUGAUAGUUUUGCUAUUUAAAGCUUGAAAUUUCUGUAGUCUUUAUUUAAGUGCUGCGUAAUAUCAUUGUGUCUGACACUAUUGAUACGGCUAUUGUACGGCAUCAAAGUUCUUUGAUUAUUAUGCAGGAAUGAGAGUAUUGUUCCUAGUUAUAUCGACUUAGAAAAUAGCCAUUUUCAUUUUCAUUUGCUUUUAUUACACAAUGUAGCCACAGAAUAGUCGAGUUUAAAAUACCAAAAUUAUCGAAACCCUCUUUUGAAUUUUUUGAGAUGCUAAUGGUCUAAUCCGAUUCAAUGAUUUAUGCUAAGCUAAGCUAAAAGUGCUCUCGCCAGACCACGGCGAUCGAACGAAUGGAUUAAAAUAUAGUAAAACUACAUGAUACUUGUAAAAGUAGAGUGUUUCAUUAAUGUUUCAAAUAAGUCGUUAUGCAACAGGUCGUUUAUACUUCAGUAAAAUUAUGCUAUAAAUAUUGUUGAGUUUCUUGCACAGGCCAAUCAGUUUACUUUACAAGACCUCUUGUAUCUCCAGGAGCCAUAUGUAAUAAUUUUGUUUUGCCUGUAUGUUUCGUUUUUACGUUUUUACACUCCCAAAGUACUGAUAUUUGUUGACAUGCAUCAUAUGAAUCAUCAAGGACCACUGGAAAAAACAUAGAUGACGUGAGGGUGAGUAAAUUAACAGCACAUUUUAAUUUUAACUAUCCCUUUUAAAAGCAGUAAUAUACGAAAACAUCAAAUUGCACAUCAAUGCAAAUAAUAAAUCUUUACUAGUGUUGUAAUAAGAAAAUAAAAGGCACUUUUACAGAAUUUGCAGCUCAUUUAGUUCAUGUUUAACUUGAGAUUUGGUGUUUUCUUUUUAUUUAAUUUUUUUCACUUGCUGCUAUUUUAUUUUAUUUUUUUAAUUAAUGAACAUAAGGGACUUGCUGUUUUUAUUGAUUCCACAAAAUAUUGCAACUUUCAAUUUACAUUGAUUUUAUCUAUUUAAAAAUCUAAGCUUGGCAAUACUGCUAAUGCUGGUUUUAUUCACAAAUAUAUAAAAUAAAUCAGUGCCGUUUUAAUUACGACCCAGACCCUAAAAAUACAGGUAGUUUUGCAGCGUUAUUGUUGAGUUGCAGUAUUACAUUGUGCCACAAAGACAAUCAGCAGUGUUUGAUAAAAUUACAGUUCAUUACCACACAGCGAGUGUGGAAACAUUCAUUCAUUCCUUCAUCUCAUAUUCCACGGUAUGGGAUCUUUGGUUUUACAAUGUAUGCAACUGUAUAUAUAAAUAUAUAUUCAACUUCUAAUCAGCAAUAAACACUACUCCAUUUAACAGCA